AUGUCCGCAGCUGCGGUAGCCAAGGUGCAAGAAGUCCGGGAGAUUUCCCGAGUAGAACGUAUCGGGGCCCAUUCUCACAUACGUGGACUUGGGUUGGACGACAACAGGGAACCAAGAAAUGUUUCACAAGGACUGGUUGGCCAGUUGAAAGCUCGCAAGGCCAUGGGCGUCGUGUUAGACAUGAUAAAAGAAGAAAAGAUUGCUGGAAGGUCUGUUCUACUCGCCGGCGAACCUGGCACAGGAAAGACUGCUAUUGCCAUGGCAUUGGCACAAGCUUUGGGUUCUGAUACACCGUUUACUUGCAUGUCUGGUUCAGAGAUUUAUAGUUUAGAAAUGAGUAAAACCGAAGCACUAACACAAGCCAUCCGUAAAUCAAUCGGUGUCCGCAUCAAGGAGGAAAGUGAAAUUAUUGAAGGUGAAGUAGUAGAGUUCCAAAUAGAACGCCCAGUCACAGGAACCGGGUCUAAAGUAGGAAAGUUAACUAUGAGAACUACAGACAUGGAAACUGUUUAUGAUCUUGGAAACAAAAUGAUUGAGGCUUUGUUAAAAGAAAAAGUUUUGGCUGGAGAUGUAGUUACCAUCGAUGUUGCUAGUGGCAAAGUUAACAAAAUUGGACGGUCAUUUACCAGAUCAAGAGAUUACGAUGCAUCUGGCCCACAAACUAGAUUUGUGCAGUGUCCUGAAGGCGAACUUCAAAAACGCAAAGAAGUUGUACAUACAGUUACGUUACAUGAAAUUGAUGUGAUUAAUUCCAGGACACACGGUUUCCUUGCUCUGUUUUCAGGUGACACAGGUGAAAUUAAGUCAGAAGUUAGAGACCAAAUUAACUGUAAAGUUAGUGAAUGGCGUGAAGAGGGAAAAGCUGAAUUAUUAGCAGGGGUACUAUUCAUUGAUGAAGUGCACAUGUUGGAUAUAGAAUGUUUUUCAUUCCUGAACAGAGCAUUAGAAAAUGAAAUUGCUCCAAUUGUAAUAACAGCCACCAACCGUGGAGUGACAAACAUCCGAGGCACAAACUAUAAAUCACCCCAUGGUGUACCACUUGAUUUGCUUGACCGCAUGGUCAUCAUUAUGACACAACCCUAUUCUGAGAAUGAAUUAGAACAAAUCUUAAAAAUUAGGGCCGAAGAAGAAGAUUGUGAAAUAUCCAAAGAUGCCUUGUCCAUUUUAGCCAAGAUAAGUAAAUCAACUUCGCUGCGUUACGGCAUUCAAUUGAUAACAACUGCCCACUUAGUAUGCCGAAAACGUAAAGCGACUGAAGUGACCGUAGAUGAUGUAAAAAAAGUGUACAGACUGUUUUUGGAUGAAGAACGUUCGACUCAGCUUAUGAAAGAAUAUCAAAAAGAAUACAUGUUUGAUCAUUAUGCAAUGACAGAUGCUGAAAAUGAAGAGGAUAAACAAGAUGACUCAAUGGAAGUCCAAAAUGACAGCACAUUGUCUACAUAA